UUCAGCACACUUUCUCCGUCGACGAAAUGGGCACAGCGAAAAGACAAAAUCUUCCUUACGAUCGAACUGGCCGAUUGUCAAAACCCAGACAUAGUCCUCAAAUCCGAUACUUUACAUUUCAGGUAAGGCGUUAGCUGUUAAAAUUUUAUUUGUUGUGGUUUAAAGUGUUCGUUAGGUAGCCGACUGAUCGUGGUCUUUCCUCCCGACUGAAGGAAAAAUUAUCGUAAAUUGUCCAGCGCAAAAUUAGAGCAAUUUAUGUAGCUGCAUUUUGUGAUCAUAGGUUGUCGCUUGAGCUUACUAAACAGCUUCAAGCCGGUAAUUUCGUACUUUUGUCCAUAUUCGGUACAAUAAUCUAACUGUUAUGAUCCUACAUCCACAGUUCUAAAGGAGGAAAAGAUCAAAAAACAUAUACGUUGAAUCUAGAAUUCUACGGCGAGGUUGACCCAGGGGUAAGAUAAGACUAUGGUAGUUGUCACUCCAAUAUAAUUAAGUUCUAAGUUAUUAAAUUUCACGUAGCUUCACUGUUUCCAAGAAUUUGGGUGUGAUGGACCUUAUAAGGAAAACUCCAAAGUUUUGUGAGCAGUGGUAAUAAGCAACAAAUUCGAAGCUUAAUUAAGUUUGUUACCUCUUUCUAGCUCUGUAAGUGAUGCAUAUUCUCAGGAACAGCUUCCAACGUAAAUACCCCCAAGGGAUUGUCAUGUCUAAAGGGAGAUUUUCCAUUUAUAUCUGACAUUAAGUUGGGUAAGAAUGUUCAGAAUUGGUGGACAGUAAUAUUUUCAUCAUUGUGACUUCUACUUCAGAAAUCAAAACAGAAUAUAACUGCAAGGGAGCUCUCUUUUUCUAUCGCAAAGAAAGAGGAAGGUCCCUAUUGGCCAAAACUUCUCAAAGAUGCAAAGAAGGUGAGCUUAAAAUAGUUCAGUUACAGAUCACAAUAUAUACGAACAUUUGGUUAGAGCAACAGAAUUCCUUUUUGUUUGUGGUAUGUUGGCCUUUAUUUUUCACUAAACUCGUGUUGAUGUUCUAUGUGAUCCCUGUGUGAGCCCUGUAGCACUUUUCCAGCAUGGAAUCUGCUUGCUAAGUAUAAAAAUUAAAAAGACUAACAAAUUCCAGUAGCAGUGGUGUCAUCAAUAUAGGUUUGUCCUGUAAUAGAUCUAUUCUAAGUUGUUGAAGGAGAAUAAUGGAUAACAGAUGAUGCUUUAGCGCAGUGCAUUUUGUUAACACUUAACCACUGGAUAGUGUUACCCACCCUUUGACCAACUGGUCCCAGAAGUUGAAACUUAUCAAAUUCAUAGCUCUUGCUCAGACAUAUGAAAAAGAAAAGAAAAGCUGACAGAGAUUCCUUUCGCAAAAAAUGCAUGGGCCUUAACCUUUUAACCCUUAGAGUGACUAGCAAUUCUUUGCUUGUAAAAGCAUUACUGCUUAACCCUUUAACUCCCAGAAGUGAAUAACAUAAAACUUCUCCCUACAAUAUCCAUACGUGCUUCAGCAAACAGGUAGUGAGAAUAUUCAAACUUAUCAGGUAGAAGCUGCCAUCUCAAUCUAGCACCAAGAUCUCAUAAAUAAUUUACAAGGAAAUGUGUAGCAGCUACGGGGGAGAAUUAACAAUCAGAUCUUGGGAGUUAAAGGGUUAAUUAGACUUUUAAUGAUGGAAAUAAUUGCCAACAAAACAAAAUCUUGAUUGUUAAACAAAUCCUCCUUAUAAGACAAUUAGAAAAAUAUAGAGAACAGUGUGGAGAAGAUACAUACUGAUGCCAGGGUAUAAUAGGUUAAGGUGUCGUGUGACUGUAGAAAACUGCCAUAGACCUACUUAAAAAUGGUUUGAGUGGAAUGUAAGGAUCUAGAUGUGGAGAAUUUUAAAAAUUGCUUUGCAAUACUGGGUAAUGGACUUGGGAAUAAAAAAAACUUGCGAAUAAAAAAUUAUGAUGAUAGUAAAGAUCAUGGCGAUGAAGUUUACUUUUUAAACAAAAUUAGAUAUCAAAAUUAGAUAUCAAAAUUAGAUAUCAAAAUUAGAUAUCAAAAUUAGAUAUCAAAACUAGAUACUAGCCACAAGGCAACCAAUCUGAUCUAUCUAGCACUAGAAUCUAUCAUGUCUGUCAAAAUAACUUGAGUAUAGAGAAACUUUAUUUUUGCCUUGUGAUUCCUAUUAAACAUUUUGAUGGUCUUGCAGCCAAGUUUUCUUCAUACUGAUUUUAACAAAUGGAGAGAUGAGGAUGACUCAGAGGAAGAAGACACAGGAAUGGAUGAUGAUUUUGAAGCUGUAAGUUACAAUAGCACCAAGUCAAACAUACAUCUGAUGUGUGUCUGUUCAGUAACAGAUCACAGAUGACAUCAAAAUGUGGUAAGAAGAAAAAUAGUGACUCAAGGCACACGGCCUAGUGUGUCACAUUUUGAUAUCUUCUGUGAUCUAUCAAUACUUUGUGGACCCACAGCAACAUGAAAUGCUUUGUUUUGUAUGAUUAUAGAGAAAAAUGCUGUUAAUGGUGAGGUCGUUUAAUUUAAAAGAUUCAAUAUUUUUGUUUGGUUCAAUUCACAGAUGAUGAGUAAGAUGGGAGGACAUGGUGCAGGUGCAGGUGCAGAGGUAAAGUUAGAAGGAUUUAUAAUUAGUUUUUUUUUUUAUUUGAAAAAGGAAGCAUUCAAGCUGAAAUAUUUUUGCAACCACACAAAGAGCAUAGUGAAUCAAAACUGAAUGAAUUCAGAAUCAUUUUCAGAUUUACACUCUGCUACAUACUUAUUUAAUUGGCAUUGUUGUUCUUUAGAGCUUUGAUCCAGGAGAUGUAGAUGGGUCAGAAGACAGCGACGAUGAAGGUGAUUCUUUUGUUCCUUCUUCAUAG